AUGCUUCCCGAUUUCCCUGCUACAAAGAGUCAGAAUUGGCUAUUUACCGCGGAGGAGAAAGAGGAGACUGUCACUCGUAUGGCCAGAGAUGCUGUGUCUGAGGAGGAACAUGGCCAAUCUGUGUUGCAUGGCUUGAGACUUGCCGUCACUGAUGUCAAAGUAUGGGCUUUUGCUCUUUUGCCCCUGUCUAACCAGUCUGCCUACGGGUUCAACUACUUCUACCCUGCCAUCGUACGAGGCUUCAACUUGGGUAGCCGGACAAUAACUCUUGUCUGCACCGCACCACCGUAUCUCCUGGGAGCCUUCAUUUCAUACUUCAUCGUUUGGCACAGUGAUCGCAAAGCAGAGAGAGGGUGGCACAUAAGCGUUGCGAUCCUCUUCGCAAUAGUCGGGUUUAUUAUCAGUGCUGCGACUAUCAAUAUCCCCGCUCGUUAUGCUGCAUCGUUCUUGUACAUCUGCGGCUGCUUUGGAGCAAACGCGGCUUUGUACAGCUGGGCUGCGUCUUCACUUUGUCAGACACCGACGAAGAAGGCUUGUGCAACGGCUAUCAUCAAUGUCACCGGUCAGCUUGGAACCAUCUGGAGCCCUUACUUCUUCGACUCGGAUGAUGAGCCAAGGUAUACUAGGGCGGUGAUUCUUCUUUUGGCCUUUGCUGUAUUGGAAAUCUGCGUUUGCUUCUUGUUGAAGUUUAUUCUUCGAAGGGCUAAUAAGAAGAUUAUUGCUGAGUAUGAAGGAACCGGAGAAAUCCCGACACUAUUCACUCUUUAG